AAGGAGUGGACGUUGCUCCCGACCGAUCGCGGCGUAGGUACGCACCUGCCCAGCGCAGGCCCAGGUGCCUGGAACCCGUAGCUCUCAUGUUCCUGGGCCGCCUGGAGGACCCCUUGAGAGCGGGGAGAUGAACCCAGUGGUCUUUGCGGAUGUGGCUGUGGACUUCACCCUGGAAGAGUGGGCUCUGCUGGAUGCUGCUCAGAGGGAGCUCUACAGAGACGUGAUGCUGGAGACCCUCAGAAACCUGGCCUCAGUGGAUGACGAGACUCAAUUUAAGGCCAAUAGGUCAGUUUUUCAGCAGGAUAUUGAUGGGAAUAAAAUAUCCAAGGAAGAUAAAAUAGCAAAGUUUGCCAGAAAUUCUCGAGUCUCCGUCUUAGGAAAAAUUUGGGAAGAGCUUAGUGUUGAAGAUCCACAGACAAACCAGGGGAGAUAUCCAAGAGACCGUGUGGUGGAGAGACUCUGUGAAAGUAAUGACCAGUGUGGGGAAGGCUUAAGUGAGAUUUCCGACCUUAACCUGUAUCAGAAAACUCUGCCUGAAGUAGGACAGUAUGAGUGCAGCGCACACACAGAAGUCUUCAGGCACCAUGCGUCCCUCGGGAGGCACGUUGCCAUUCACAUCGGACACAAACCGUAUCAAUGUGAGGAGUGCGGGCGGGCCUACAGUUACUGUUCACACCUCAGAGCGCACGUGAGAACCCACAAAGGGGAGAGGCCCUACGUGUGUAAGUUAUGUGGGAAGGCCUUUCCUCGUACUUCUUCCCUCAAUCGGCAUGUAAGGAUCCAUACCGCGGAGAAAACCUGUGAGUGCCAGCAGUGUGGGAAAUCCUUCAUCGAUGUUUCCAGUCUCACUAGUCACGUGAGAAUGCACACUGGGGAGAAGCCCUAUAAAUGUAAGGAGUGUGGGAAAGCCUUCAGCUAUUCCUCAACUUUUCGAAGACACAUGAUAACGCACACGGGAGAGAAGCCCUAUAAGUGUGAGGAGUGUGGGGAGGUCUUCGGCUAUUCCUCAACUUUUCGAAGACACAUGAUAUCACACACUGGGGAGACACCACAUAAGUGUAAAGAAUGUGGAGAGGCCUUCAGUUACUUCUCAGCUUUUCGAAGGCACAUGAUAAUGCACACGGGAGAGAAGCCCUAUGACUGUAAACAGUGUGGGAAAACCUUCAUCUAUCUCCAGUCCUUUAGAAGACAUGAACGGAUUCACACUGGAGAGAAACCCUAUGAGUGCAAACAGUGUGGGAAAGCCUUUAUUUACCCCCAGUCAUUCCGCAGACACGAACGGACUCACGGUGGAGAGAAACCCUAUGCAUGUAACCAGUGUGGGAAAGCGUUCAACCAUCCCUCAUCCUUCCGAGGACACAUGAGAGUGCACACCGGAGAGAAGCCUUAUGAAUGCACUCAGUGUGCAAAAACGUUCAACUGGCCCAUCUCCUUACGAAAACAUAUGAGAACGCACACUAAAGAGAAGCCGUAUGAGUGUAAACAAUGUGGAAAAGCCUUCAACUUGCCUGCUUGCUUUCUAGAACAUGUGAGAAUGCAUCCUGGAGACAAAUCGUAUGAAUGCAAACUGUGCGGCAAAGCUUUCUAUUGCCACAUUUCCUUACAAAAACACAUGAGGAGGCACACUGCCGAGAAACUCCACAAAUGCAAGCAAUGUGGGAAGGCUUUCAGCUGGCCCGAACUUCUGCAGCAGCAUGUGAGAACGCACACUGCAGAGAAACCUUAUGAGUGUAAGGAAUGCGGGAAAGUCUUCAAGUGGCCAUCCUCUUUACCGAUACAUAUGAGAAUGCACACGGGAGAGAAACCUUAUGAGUGUAAGCAAUGCGGGAAAGCCUUUAGCUGCUCCUCAUCCUUCAGAAGACACGUGAGAACACAUGCUGCAGAAACACACUGUACGUUUGAUGUUUGAUGCGGGAAGUCCUCCUGCAAAGGAGUCCGUGCACGACGCUUCAGGAUGUUCACACCAGGAGAGAGAUCUUAUGAAAGUCGUACAUGUGGUUUUGCCUUUGCAAGUACCCCAUCAUUAAAUUGCACCCAUAGGGCGUGUAUUUUCGGUUCUUUUGCAAAUAAGAACCGAAAUAUUUAUGUGAAAAAAUAACUCUGAAAAUACUCUUAGCUACAGUACACACAAUUUCUGUUGUGUUUUUUCCUUACAUUUCCAUCUACAAGGCUUUUAUCUUUAGUUUGUGGACUCAUAGAUGAUUAAAAGUGUAUUUUCAGUAUGUUGGUAGUUUUAAUUUCUUUAAAUUGUCCUUGGAACAAUGACACUUUGGUAUUUGUUGGACUUUGCCUCCUGGCUUAGUGUGGCAAAUACUGGAUAUCACCCUUCAUAUAUUUUCUGCCUUAUUGAGGGUCUUUAUUUUUGGCCAGAGGAGCCUUAUUCUAUUUUUCCUAAUAGUUUUUAUAAUUACAAAAUUAUGUGGGCUGUUGUUUUCAACUUUUGCUCAUCGCUGUUUGUUUUUGCUUGUGAUUAGGAAUUGGACGGUAGGUAUUUACUAAGAGACCCUUAUGACCACAGAUAGUUUCAGAUGGUUCUUUGGAUUGUUCUUUGUCAACAAUGUUGGAACUACAUCUCCCAGAAUCCCUUCCCGUUAUGAUUCCAUGUUCUAAUUCACCAAUGGCCUAACUUGGCAUGAGAUUUGGGAGGCAGAAUUACUAAGUUUUGGGAACCGCUUUAAAGUGUGAUAGAAAGAUGCGUGGGGACUUCUGGAUACCAGACUGCAGCCCAUUUCCCUGAUUUCUUUGCCCUAGUAAUCAAGAGUAUCAAGAGAAAUGGCAAGUGUUUGAUUUCCACGUUUCUCAGAGGUAUAGGCUUCCACAGAUAGCUCCAUGAGCUCCGUAUCAGGGAUCCACUUAUGUGGAUAAGUACUUCCAACCUGGAUUUUUCUAGAAAUUGUAAGGUGUCCUCCAGACCGCAAAUCCAGACUCAUGGUUUGUGACCUCUAAUGCUAUGAUUCACUCGCCUCUCUGUAAGUUAACGUAGUUUCUAUGGUCUAAUUUGUAGAGCAAACACUGGGUUUGUAAUACUUCCAGUGGCUCCCUGAUCCUGCAUCCACCACAAAAACUACAAUGUUGCAGCAAAAUAAAACAACACUUGGGACUUUGUGAAUCUAUUACAUUUUGAAGUGUGUCGCUGAGCCAGCUCUUCCUUGUGACAACAAGUAUCUUCCUCAUAUGUUAGAUUUGGGGAGAUUUCCAUCACGUAAGUUUAAUUAUGUUUAUGUCAUCAAAAUGUAUUUUAUUUUCAAGGAAAAUCUGUAGAUAUUUCUUAGAAAUAUUCUAUUUAUCGUGUCUUCAAAUCAGUUGUAUACUAUUCAUUUCCUAGGGCUGCUAUAACAAGGUACCACAGCUGGGUUGCUUGGGACAACAGAAAAUGUCUCGAUGUUCUGUGGGCAGAAGUCCAAAAUCACAGGGUGGGUAGGACCAGCCUCAUCUGAAGGUGCCAUGGGAGCAUCUGUUCCAGCUCUGUCCCAGCUUCUGGGAGUUCAUUGGCUGGUGGCAGCUUACCUCUAAUCUUCAUGGGGCAUUCUUCUCCCUGUGUGCAUGCCUGUCUUCUUGUAAGGACACCUCAUAUUGGGUUAGGGCCAACUCUUCUCCAGUAUGACCCAAUCUAGAAUAAGCCUAUUAUCUCCCCAUGACAUGUCCCAUUCUCCAGAGCCAUCUAAAUUUCUUUCCAAAUAUAUUGAUAUUUUUUACUCUAGUUUUCUAACCAAUAGUCGUUCUGACAGAUGAACUCCUGAAUGGUAAUUGUCCUAGGAUGAAGUUCUUUAAAUUGUGAUCAUUGAUGUUGAAGGGAAAGGACAGACCACACCAAAAUGGCUCUCCAAAGUCUCUGUGGUGUAAUGGGUUCAGACCAUGCCAUCUUGUUAGUUUUCCAGUAGAACACCGAGUGAAACUGCUAUGUGGCAAGGGUAUGAACACAAUUUACAUUUCAGUGUGAAUUUAUUCAAUCUUCCUAUCAUCAUUUCAGUGAAGCUUUGCUUCCAAAUA